CUGGCGCCCCAGUGGGAGGACGGCAGCUGCCCGCUCCCUCCUCCCCACACCCCCGCUACCUGCCCAGUCCCCGAAGCGAAGCGUGAGGAGGCAGCGAGCCAGGCGGGCCGAGCCCACAACUUUGCAGGCUUGAGAAGGGCGAGUGCAGGCGUCCACAGCUCCCCUUGUCGGCGACCGGAGCUCGGAAUGUGAAGGAGGAUGCUGGCCCUUCGGCUGCUCAACGUGGUGGCCCCUGCCUACUUCCUGUGCAUCUGCUUGGUGACCUUCGUGCUGCAGCUCUUCCUCUUUCUGCCCAGCAUGCGCGAGGACCCCGCGGCUGCCCCGCUCUUCUCGCCAGCCUUGCUCCACGGGGCUCUCUUUCUAUUCCUCUCUGCCAACGCCCUGGGCAAUUACGUCCUGGUCAUCCAGCACUCUCCGGACGACCUGGGUACCUGCCAGGGGACCUCGGCCACGAGAGCUCCAUGUUCCCCGCCCAGCACCCACUUCUGCCGAGUGUGCGCCAGGGUCACUCUGAGGCACGACCACCACUGCUUCUUCACCGGCAACUGCAUCGGCAGCAGGAACAUGCGCAACUUCGUCCUGUUUUGCCUCUACACCUCGCUCGCCUGCCUCUACUCCAUGGUGGCUGGCGUGGCCUACAUCUCCGCGGUCCUUUCCAUCUCCUUCGCCCACCCCCUGGCCUUCCUCACGCUCCUGCCCACCUCCAUCAGCCAGUUCCUCUCCGGAGCUGUCCUCGGUUCUGAAAUGUUCGUCAUCCUCAUGCUCCACCUCUGGUUUGCCAUCGGUCUGGCCUGCGCCGGCUUCUGCUGCCACCAGCUGCUGUUGAUCCUCCGCGGACAGACCCGCCACCAGGUGCGAAAGGGGGUGGCGGUGCGGGCCCGGCCCUGGCGCAAGAACUUGCAGGAGGUCUUCGGGAAGAGGUGGCUGCUGGGCCUGCUGGUGCCCAUGUUCAACGUCGGAAGCGAGAGCGCCAAGCACUGGGACAAGUAGCAGGCCCUGCCAUCAUCUCUUCCUCUCUGUGUCUUGACUCCUCCUGAAUAUAACACCACACAUCCUUGAAUCCACCCAUGACCCACUACACCGCUGGUCUGUGACCCGUAGAGAGUAUCGUUGGCUGGUGGAUCAUGGCAAGGAGGAAAAUGGCCACCCAGGCAUUGCUGGGUUCCCCGCAAGCCAGCUAGGUGGCUGCUAACUCUUAGGAUGUCUCUGCUUUUGUUUCUUCUCUUUGAGGGGCGGGGCGGUCCCUGCUUUCCCUCUCUGCCUGGCCCAUCCACUCUCUAACAAGUCUGAGGUCAUCACUGCUGUCUGUUAGAGGCCUUCCUGUCAACCGCCAUUCUGGGA